GUCAGUUUCUUUUCUUUAUUUUUUCUUUCAUUUGUACAACAUUUGGUCUCUUCUUCAAUUCUAUUUACAUGUGAUUACAUGUCAGUUUUUAUUCAAAAAAAUACUCAUGUUUUAGAGAGAGAAUCUAGAGAGAGAAACACCGUUAUGCCAUUUUUUACUUUUAUCAGUGUUGAGUAGUCUUCAAACCUCAGCCUUUACAGCAAUACCCAGUUGCUAUUUCCUUCAAAGUUUAUACCUUUUUGUGGCUUCCUUCCCUAUUUAGCCUGUCAUUUUCUUGAGAGUAAUGCAUCAAAUUAGAACAUACCCAGGUGAAAUCUACACUUGAGUUGCAGAUUUUGAACCAUUUUUGAGAUGAAAUUUGAGAUGCAAAAUUGAGCUCAGGUGUUUGAGGAAAAUACAGAGAGAGGGUUAUAUAGUAGUAAAUUGAAGUUUGUUGUGGUAAAGAUGAGAGAUUUUCCUUCGUGCUUUGGUGAAAAUGGGGUACAAAUAGCUGAUUCUUCAUCUUCAAAUACUAGUAAAAGUACUCAUAAUUUGGUUACUUGUAUGUAUCAAUGUCGAAUUCGGGGUCGGUCUUGCUUGAUCACUAUAGGUUGGAGUAAAAAUUUGAUGGGUCAAGGCUUAAGUGUCGGAAUGGAUGAUUCUGCUACUAAUCAGUGUUUAUGCAAAGUUGAAAUUAAACCUUGGCUGUUCUCGAAAAGAAAAGGGUCCAAGAGUAUAGCAAUUGAGACUUAUUCUUGUAAAAUCGACGUUUUUUGGGACCUUUCUUCGGCUAAAUUCGGAUCUGGGCCUGAACCGUUGGAGGGAUUUUAUGUUGGUAUUGUUGUUGAUAGACAGAUGGUUCUUCUUCUUGGUGAUAUGAGAAAAGAAGUUUUUAAGAAAACUAACGCCACCGCGCCUAUUACUUCUGGUGCUGUUUUUGUUUCGAAAAGAGAGCAUGUUACUGGCAAGAAGGUGUUCACCACCAAGGCUCAGUUUUGUGACAACGGUCAGAUUCACGAUCUUUCGAUUGAAUGCGACACGUCUGGUAUUGGUGAUCCGUGUCUCGUGGUUCGAGUGGAUUGUAAGACUGUGAUGCAAGUGAAACGGCUGCGAUGGAAGUUCCGAGGGAAUCAUACGAUAUUGGUUGAUGGACUAGCCGUAGAAGUUCUUUGGGAUGUUCAUAACUGGCUAUUUGGCACAUCAGUUGGAAAUGCUGUUUUUAUGUUCAAAACAUGCCUCACAGCUGAGAAGUUAUGGUCUAGCCAAGCUCUUUCAGAUCCAAAUGUGUUGCCAUGGUCUUUCUCGCAAAGAUUUCUGGAUUCCAAAUCGCAAAAUCUUGGUUUUUCAUUGAUUUUGUAUGCUUGGAAGAUUGAAUAGUAACUUUUUUUUAUUUGAGUGCUAACAGAACAUUUUAGGAGUUGUGAUUUUUAUUGAUUAUGUGAUUUACUACACCUAGUUUGAUUAAACAAUUUUUCAUUCUUUUUUUUUGCCUUGUUGAGUUACUUGAGCUAAUGAAUUUGUACACAUUCAUGCUCUCAAGAUAUACUUAAUAUAUUGUUUCUAAAUUUGUUUUCGUUAAUUCUUCUAUCAAUGUCUGCUAUCACCAUUAAGUUGAUUUUUAUUUUUUUGUAUUUGUGCUUGGAGUUUACUCACUCGACAUUCAUCAUUUUGUGCAUCUUGCCUCAUUGGCGUUUUGAGCUGAAAACUCCACUGUGAUCAGCCUGUAACAUGUUUUAUUAGCUUAGUAUGCAAUCAAUUCAAUCAAUACCAACGUUAUUUCUUGCUGAUUUUACCACUGGACGGGAUUGAUGUCUUUGAUUUGCAUGUGCCCGAGUUUUGCUUCUUGCAGGGGCAGAAAAAUUUGGGGGAGAGGAUGCUUGCAAUUUGUUCGAGAGAUACAAUGAUCAUUUCAAUCUAUAAUGCUGUACUCGAACUUUCAAAAGACGGGAGUAAUUUGUUUUGGCAACUUAAUAUUCCGCCGUUGAUGCAUCUUGGUAUGAAAUUCUGAGUUCUCGUUUUCCUUUACUAUUUAUCUUAGCAAUGCUGAACAAAAAUUUAUGGAACUUCGAUAAUAAUAUGCUUUAAGUCAGUUACUGUCUUCAUCUAAGCAGCAUAGAGUAAUUCUUGGCUUAUGGAAUUUCCUAAUAAACAUGGUAUAUCCAUAUAUUGCGACAUGUCCAGCGAAUUCAUUGUCUAUGUCGGUUACAACCUCAGCAAAAGUUCAGUGGGGAAUAUAAUAUUGUUGGCUUCAGACACUUUGCCAUUUUGAUUACUUUCUAUCGCUGUCAGUUGGUUAUAAAUGCUGACAGUUCUCUGUUGCUGAAUUUGGUAUUCUUGUAUUAGGUUUGUGGUUCGUGUUCAGAUUCGUUAACUCCUACUUUUACUAGAAUUUCUUAUGGCAAGAUGGUUUUGAUAUAUGUGCUUGCUAUGUAACACGAAAGCUGAAAUGCUGAUGAGAAACGCCGAAACGGUAGAAUAGGUUGUAAAUAUAGAGUUUCAACAGCAGGAAUGCUGAAAUUAAAAAUACUGAAACAGGAAACGUCGAAAUAACAGUUUUUUAAGAAUAUGUUAUAAAUAGAGUUACGGAUGUUUAAAAGUGUCUAUAAUUGAAAACGGGAUGUUGAAAUGUAGAACUCGACAAAUUUUUGUGCGACAUAGUAUACGUGUGUGCACACAGGUGUCUGUUUCUGCUAGGGUUUGUCAUCUUCUGAAUAAGAUCCCCUCUUUAAGCUGUAUGCGAAGGCUGGUACGAGUUUCUUUUCAUAAUUGCUCGGUUUCAAAACUGAACGCUCUAGCUAGCAAGGUUUUUGAACAUUUGUUUGUCACUUCAUAUGUCGCUAGGACCAUUCAACUGUUGCUAAUUGUCCUGUCUAUUUCAUUUUAGAAUGGAACAACAUUAGAUUACUUCUUUUUUUUUGGUACAGGGUCCAUGGGGUUUCCUGAACGGGUCUCAACAUUAGAUUACUUUUGGCAGUGACAAUACAUUGAACUCAGCUGUCAGCUUGCUGUCAAACUUGCUGUGAUUCAAACAUUUCCUUAUUGUUGUCACUGUUGUUAAUCUCUAAAUGACUUAGAGACAAUUUUUAGAAGGCCCAGCAAGUGGCUUGCUGCCAAGUUUAAGUGAUAUUGAUUGUUAUUGACUCUAUAGUAUGCUACUAUGCUUUAGAUGCAGACAUAUUUGAUCGGAGUGUUCGCCGGACGAAGCUGGAGGUAGAAGGUAAGCGGAUCAGGUAAAAUAUUUAUCGGCUGCCUCAUUUACAUUAAGGAGGAACUUUGAUUGGUGGGAUUUUCUUUUACUAAACUAUGAAGUAUGAAAAUAUGAAUUGUAAUCAUAUGCAUAUAUGAUGUAGAUGGUCUUUCCGAUUUAGUUUGUGUGUGUAUGUGGGACAGACCGCAGAAAACUGUUUUCAUCAGCUUGGUCCAGCGUGUAAUCGAAUUGAGUCGAAACUCGAAACACUGGGAAGAUUGAACUUAACUUGACUCGAAAUUCCGAAGCUCGAAACUCAAUUUUAUCGAGUUUUAUUGUAAGAGAUUGAGCUCAGUAGAAUAAUUGAGAAUCGGACUUGACUUGGCUCGAUAUGUUAUUUGUAUAAAUAUUUGAAGUCUAAAUUUAGUAUUAAUAUAGGAAAAUUAUUAUAAAUA